CCCUUCAUUUACUUGACUCUUCUACACCUCUGCCUUUUCUUUUGCUCACAAAAGAAGCAGCUGAGAGACGACUAGAGACUUCAUUUUUAGCUUCUGCUUCCUCUUCCAAAUAGAGAAGGAAAAAAAGGAAAAAUGGGAUACCAACCUCUUAGCUUCCUCAGAGAAAAAAACAUUCUGUUCAUAAGAAGCAUCGUGAUCUUGUUCUUAAGUUGUCUGACUAUUAAGUUUGACCUCUGUUUCUCUGGUAUCCCAUCUUCAUUAAAGACACUCCCUCUCAACGGGUAUUUCAGGUUUGAUGAAGGGAUCCAGCAUACAGCCAGAGACUUUGGCAACCAGUACCACUUCCUCCCCUUGGCAGUCCUCCAUCCAAAGUCUGUGUCCGAUAUUGCCACAACAAUUAAGCAUAUUUUCCAACUUGGCCCCGGAUCAGAUCUCAAAGUUGCAGCAAGAGGCCGUGGGCACUCACUCCACGGCCAGGCACAAGCUCACCAGGGAGUAGUGAUCAACAUGGAAUCACUUGGAGGACCGGAAAUGCACCUUUACACUGGAAAUGAUCCUUAUGUAGAUGUCUCUGGUGGCGAGUUGUGGAUAAAUAUCCUGCACGAGAGCCUAAAGUAUGGAUUAGCACCAAAAUCAUGGACAGAUUACCUACAUCUAUCGGUUGGUGGUACUCUGUCAAACGCAGGGAUUAGUGGGCAGGCAUUUCAGCAUGGCCCCCAGAUUAGUAAUGUCCAUCAGCUGGAGGUUGUGACAGGAAAAGGGGAGAUAGUUAAUUGUUCAGAGACACAGAAUGCAGACCUCUUUCAUGGUGUCCUUGGAGGACUUGGUCAGUUUGGAAUAAUCACCCGAGCAAGAAUUUCUCUGGGACCGGCACCAAAGAUGGUAAAAUGGAUAAGAGUGCUGUACUCAGACUUUUCCAAAUUUGCAAGGGAUCAGGAGCAUUUGAUAUCUGCAGACAACACAUUCAAUUACAUCGAAGGAUUUGUAAUAAUAAACAGGACCGGUCUCCUAAACAACUGGAGAUCAACCUUCAACCCACAAGAACCAGUCCAAGCCAGCCAAUUUGAGUCAGAUGGAAAAACACUCUUCUGUCUUGAAUUAGCCAAGUACUUCAACCCAGAUGAAAUUGCUACGAUAGAGAAGGAAAUAGAGAACUUGUUAUCUCAACUAAGUUAUAUUUCAUCGACGCUUUUCCUAUCGGAAGUUCCAUAUGUAGACUUCUUAGAUAGAGUCCACGUAUCCGAGGUCAAACUAAGAUCAAAAGGCUUGUGGGAAGUCCCACACCCAUGGCUCAAUCUUCUUAUUCCAAGAAGCAAAAUACACAAUUUUGCUGAAGAAGUUUUUGGCAACAUUUUAACGACCACAAGCAAUGGCCCAAUCCUCAUCUACCCGGUCAACAAGUCAAAGUGGAACAAUAGAACUUCAGUUGUUCUUCCAGAUGAAGAUAUUUUCUAUCUGGUGGCAUUCCUCUCUUCUGCAGUUCCCUCUUCCACAGGAACUGAUGGCUUAGAACACAUACUAACCCAGAACAAAAGGAUUCUAGAUUUUUGUGAGGCAGCCCACCUAGGCGUAAAGCAAUAUCUUCCCCACUACACAACAGAGGAUGAGUGGCGGGUUCACUUUGGACAACAUUGGGAAGUCCUCAAACAAAGGAAAUCAGCUUAUGACCCCUUAGCAAUCCUUGCUCCUGGACAGAAAAUUUUUCAAAAGGCGAUAAUAUCCAUCUUAUAACAUAUUUAGUUUAUUAGUUAAACCAAAAAGUCGAAAAGGUCUCUGGAGUCUGGGGCAUGUCUUUGCUUUUCUAGUAGAAUAUUGAUAAGGAGUACAAUGUUUAUUGCAUCUCCUAGGCAAUUGUAAUUAUAAAUGAGAGGUUGAAGUAGUUGCAUGAGAUUUGUUGAAAAACAAGUCAAACAUAUGAGUGGAAAAUUACAUAACUCUGUAAAAGAUGCUGGAGAGUACCGGCCAUCAUUACAUGUAUUUCUCAUAUUAGUAAACAAGAGGCAUUGAUUUAUGUGAUAGAAAACAAAUUCCAAGGCCACUAUAAG